GUUGCUUGGGUUGACUGUGUAGAUAAAGAUGGGAAGCUCGAGUACUAGCAGUAAGGACGAUUUUUCAGUGUUGGUGCUGGCAUCGGAUCUUGGUAUUGAUGGCCGACCCUUUUUGAACCAUCAAGAACCCGAAGAUAGCUGGUAUGAUUGCACUUCUGACCCUCCUUCUUCUGAGGAACAAGAUUUUGCCCAUCUAGAUUCACUCCAGUUCUUACGCCUUGAAUCCGGUUCUGACAAAUUGGGUAAUCGGAUCUUCCGUAUUGUUGGAAAAUACUUUCGGGCUCUAGUUAUAAGUGCGGAGCGGCUGAAAAAGUAUGUCUUUAACAAAAUUUGCACGGAGCUGCCUGAGGGGCCAUUCUGUAUUGUCUACAUGCAUAGUACUGUCCAGAAGGAGGAUAACAAUCCUGGAUUGACCAUCUUGAGGUGGAUCUACGAAGAGCUACCUUCUGACCAUAAGGACAGGCUUCAGGCUGUAUACUUUGUGCAUCCUGGGCUCCGAUCAAGGCUUGUUCUUGCAACGCUAGGCAGAUUUUUCCUGAGUGGAGGCUUGUAUUGGAAAGUGAAGUAUGUUAGUCGACUGCAAUACCUUUGGGACGACAUAAAGAAAGGAGAGCUUGAGAUUCCUGAAUUUGUUCAAAAGCAUGAUGACAUUUUAGAGCACAGGCCACUGACUGAUUAUGGGAUUGAACCAGAUCCCCUCCACUUGUCGCAGAUGCCACCGACAGCCUUCUCAUUAGGUAGACACGACACUGGAUGGGCAUCUAGAGAGUACAUGUCUUAGAAAAGCUGCUAGAUUCUGUAUAGCAUUGUGACUUUUGUAUCAACUCUUAGUGUUUUUCAGUUCAGUGAUGUUUCUACUAGUAUGAACUUUUGUCCUAAGCUUUCUUCUGCUUAACUGAUGUGUUACCAUAAACUGGUACUCCAUGAAUGAUCUUUAUCUUAAGAUAGAAAUGGAAGCAAAUCCCUGCUUUCUUCCUAA